AUGUUUAAAUCAGUAAUUAGAUCAAGUGUUACCAAUAGUUUAAGGUUUAAUCGUGGUAUAACCACCAAAACCACUAUUAGUGACGCUGCCACAGGUAGAGUUAUUAAGUUAACCGAUCCAAACCGUCCAGAAAUGGGAGAUUACCCUAAUCCUGAAGCUUUAUUAGCUCAAAGCAAAAGUCCUUAUGUUAAAUAUGAUGAUCAACAAAAUAGAAGAAAUAUUGGUGACCCAGUGAAUUUUGAUGAUGAUUUAUACGAUAUGUGGUCUCCAGAUUAUUUCCAAUUCGUUUCUGAUAAAACUGCUUUAAAACAUAAUGCUAUCUUCUUUGGUUUAAUCUUUGGAUUUGGUGGAUUAUUAACCUAUUUUGAAUUAAAUCCUGAAAAACCAGGUAUGCCAAGAUCUUAUCCUUAUAAUGGUUUAGCUAAAAGUUUAGGUUCUGGUAAUCCUGAACAUGAUUAUUUAUAUCAAUCAAGACCUGAUUUAGAAGCUGAAGCUGAAUUGGGGAUUUUACCUCCACAAGAUGAUGUUAUUGAAAAUACUAAACUUUAUCAAUCAGCCAACGCCGAUUUUAUUAAACAAUAG